AUGACUACCAAGAGGUUGUCUCGAGUCUACACUUCACACUGUCCUGAAGAGAGGCAACGCUGCCUUGACCUGGAUUUGAAAUUUUGUUUUAGUAUUUUGGUUGUCGUUACUCAAACGUAUUGGCAACUCUUGAGACGUUCCAAUUGCUGACCAAUAGAGAGUGGAAAAACUUUCUUUUAGAAGCAGUAACCUACCUCUCCGACUGAAUCCUGGGCAUCUACUGCGUUAUUAUGACCGCGAAAACAGAACUGUCUGGCUGGCCAGACUACUCAGCAGAGGACUUCUCUCUGUCAGAACAUUCUAAACUGGGACACCUCACCUCCCGAACAUGGGCAACGUCUCCCGGCGGGAGGCAGUCCCCUUACUCACCCAGAGAACCGGAACACUACGCACAGCACGUCUCCAUGGAUGUCUCGCUGGAGAAACUCAUGUCGGGGAGUAAACUAACGGACAGCGGCGUCACUAUAGACAUGGACCUAGGUACAUUACCGGGCCAGAUGGGGCAGGGAGGUAACGAUAAGCAGCAGGCCCACUACAUUGCCCCGCAGAAACACCGGCGCGUUGCUGCCAACGCCCGGGAGAGGCGGAGGAUGCACGGGUUGAACAAGGCGUUUGACACGCUGCGGAGCGUAAUUCCGUCCAAUAAUAAUAAAUUGUCUAAGUAUGACACCCUCCAGAUGGCGCAAAUCUACAUACAGGAGUUGUCGGAGUUACUCACAGGGGUGGUAAAGCCGGAGAGCCGGGGAGGUUCGCUGAGUGGUUGUCUCUCACCUGAGCUCGACCACCCCGUCCCGGCCAGGCGGAACCUGAUGGGGUCCUUAUCUCCGGAGCCCCCGGUUAGUUCUGAUGGGAUGACUGAGAUCAGCUACCCCCUACAUAGAUCCCCCUCCCCGCCGCCACAGAUCAAGAGACUAAUCGGAAACCAGGAAAACGCUGGUCCAGUCGGUCACCUGAUCAUUCUGUCUGCGUCUAAAUCGGACCUGGGAUCAGGGGAUAUGAGGAUCUCCAAAACUCCAAAUGGGAGUGAUGGCGAGUCAUCUCAUUACAGUGACUUUGAAGACGGUCAGGUCGGCAGACAGUGACAGAGGCUGAAUGCCACAAC